UGCCAACUGGAACUAAACAACAAACAUGAUAUUUUCCUUCUCCACCACACAAUACUCCUUAGCAAAUUCCAUAUCAAGUAAAUUUUCCUCCUUUAAUAAACUCCACCUAUAAAUUUGAUUGAUAAUUUCUCAUUCUCACUCAUCUUUUCGGUCUAAAAAUGCUUCUAAGAAGCUCUUCAACACCUGUUCUUGGAUCCCUUCUCUCAUCUUUCUCGGACACUCCCAACAAUCUUGAUACCAACAAGCACCACUACUCCACUCAUCACCAAAUCUUCAGUAGGUCUCCUUAUCACCAAACUGGUUGUCUCCAUCUCUCCACUGUCUCCUACAACUCCUCUCCCAUCUCUCCUUCCAUUGCUGAUCUCUCUGACUGUUCUCUUGAUGGUCUUCGUCGAGCUCAGUCUGAAAGUAACCUUGAGGGACUGGCUUAUAUUUCUCGCAGUAAUAAUAAUGAAGAAUGCUCAAAUCCAAGCCACCCCAUGAAGGUUUCUGCUAGAAAAAGGCGUUUGAUGCUGGAAACUAUACCCUCCUUCUCUCUUUAUAAUUUGAGAGGCCGAGAUGAAGAAGAGGAAGAUGAGGAUUAUGAUAAGAGUGACGUAGAAUAUGAUGAGGAAGAGAAAAAACAAGUGGAAGCAAAUGAGGCCAUGGGAAGUGGUCCCUCAAGCUCAAGUGAUAAGAUGGAGAACAUGGUUCUGAGUGAGCAAGUGGAGGUGCUUACGAAAGGAAGCUUGACUGUGGGUUUUGAAGAGAAAGGAGGGUUGAUGAUUAGUGAAGAAAUGUAUCUUGCAAAAGGGUUAGGAAUUGAUGGUGGUAACAGCGAUGGAAAUGGCAGCGGAGCUGGUUCUGGAGGCAAUUGUGGUGGCGGUGGUGGUGGGAAAUUUCACUGGGGAGGUGAAGAUGGUGGAGAUAUGGGUGGCACAGAGGAGUAUUACAAGAAGAUGCUGCAGGAAAAUCCUGGCAACUCCUUGUUUCUUAGGAAUUAUGCAGAAUAUCUAUAUCAGUCGAAGGGAGAUGUUCAAGGGGCAGAGGAGUAUUACUCGAGAGCUAUAUUAGCAGAUCCUAAAGAUGGUGAAGUUCUAUCACAGUAUGCAAAGCUAAUAUGGGAGCUACAUCAAGAUCAUGAAAGAGCUUCAAGCUACUUUGAACGGGCAGUUGAAGCUUCGCCUGAAGAUAGCCAUGUACAUGCAGCAUAUGCAAGAUUCCUCUGGGAAACAGAGGAAGAAGAUAAUGAGUGCAACGUGCCAGGAGAUUUUCAUGAACAUUUCCAUCAAGACCAAAUGGCUUCUACUGGUUCUUAGGGGCAACACUCGUAAAACAUUGUAGGUAGAGAAAAUGGACAACAGUGUAAAACUCUUUAAUGACAGAAAUACCCUAGAUAUUCCUUUUUCUAA